GAAGGAGCGGGAGGCGACGGCAGCCACAGCCACCCGGAGCUGCUGCGCCGCUUCCCCGCUCUUGCCUCGGCUGGACAUCUCCCGCUCCCGCCCUUUUGGCCGGGGCCGCCUUUUUCGCUUUUCUCGCGCGCCCCUCAAGCCAUGGCGACCUCGGGCCCGCCGCCCCCUCGGUGUCAACCUCGUUCCCCUCCUGCUGCUGCCGCCGUCGCACCCGCCCCCUCUUCCUCCUCCUCAGUCUUCUCGAGGACCCUUUAAUGGCUCGGACCCUCCAGAGACCGCCACCCCGACUUGUUUGCGCCGCCACAACGAGCAAAGGAAAAGGAAGAAUAAAAUAGCCCGAGGAGCGCCGCGAACGCUGAAUGCUCUUCAUCUGACCUCAACCUCAUCCCCAACAGUGUGACCGGCAACAUUUGGAGCAUAAAGUAGAAGCUUGUCUCUUCAGAUAUGGGCGAAGUGGAGCAAAGAGCGACAACAGGAUCUCGGCUAGGAGUACAGGAGAAUGCUGGCAUCAGUACUCUGGAACAUGGACAGAAACUGCCUUCAACACCUACAGGAAAACUUAUUUCUAUCAAAGUCCAAAUGCUGGAUGAUACACAGGAAACAUUUGAAAUUCCGCAAAGAGCUCCAGGAAAGAUUUUAUUGGAUGCCGUCUGCAACCAUCUCAAUCUUGUUGAAGGUGAUUAUUUUGGCCUUGAGUUUCUGGAUCAUAAGAAGGUCAUGGUUUGGCUGGAUCUUUUGAAACCUAUCAUAAAACAAAUCAAAAGACCUAAGCAUAUCAUUCUAAAAUUUGUGGUAAAAUUCUUCCCACCUGAUCAUGCUCAGCUGCAAGAAGAAUUAACAAGGUUGGUGUACUUAUUUGCAUUGCAAGUUAAACAGGAUUUAGCACAAGGAAGACUAACCUGUAAUGACACUAGUGCUGCUCUCUUAAUAUCACACAUUGUACAGUCUGAAAUCGGGGAUUUUGAUGAAACCAUUGAUCAUGAACACUUAGCAAAAAACAAAUAUAUACCUCAACAAGAAGCUUUAGAAGAAAAAAUAAUGGAAUUUCAUCAUAAUCAUAUUGGUCAGACACCAGCAGAAUCCGAUUUCCAGCUGCUUGAAAUUGCCCGUCGUUUGGAAAUGUAUGGAAUCCGGUUGCAUCCAGCUAAGGACAGAGAAGGAACCAAGAUCAACCUAGGAGUGGCUCAUACAGGCAUUCUGGUGUUUCAGGGUUACACGAAGAUAAAUGCAUUCAACUGGUCUAAAGUUCGGAAGCUCAGCUUUAAGAGGAAGCGUUUUCUUAUUAAACUACGGCCAGAUGUAAAUAGUAACUUCCAAGACACACUGGAAUUUCUAAUGGCUAAUCGGGAUUUGUGCAAGGCUUUUUGGAAAAUUUGCGUAGAACACCAUGCCUUCUUCAGGCUGUUUGAGGAACCCAAACCCAAACCUAAACCUGUUCUUUUUACCAGAGGCUCAUCUUUUAGGUUCAGUGGCCGUACUCAGAAGCAAGUCCUUGAAUAUGUUAAAGAAGGAGGACAUAAAAAAGUGCAAUUUGAGAGAAAACACAGCAAGAUCCAUUCUGUUAGGAGCCUGACUCCAAAAUCUACAGAGCAACUUUCUGUGGUGCCAAAACAAAGUUGUAGUUUUACAUAUGGAGAUGGUGCUGAUUCCCUGGUUGAGCAAAGUUGCCAACAGGGAAAGGAAUUAAAUAUAUCAGUGGAAGAUGGUGGACCACACUCAACUCCUUCCCUGAAAAAAAGCCCUAAGGAAGGCCAGGGGAUAGAUGGUACUACAAUGGCAACAAUGGAGGAGGAAGAGGAGGUCGUAAAGGACAGGUCACAACUCAGCAGAUCUCAGAGGCAGCAGCCAAGCACAGCAGGCUCUCUUGCUGGCAGCCCUCACCUUUCAGAACUGUCAAUCAAUUCUCAAGGUGGAACAGCCAUAGCAAAUGCAACUUUGUCUCCUAAUUUGAGUCCUGAUAAUAGGCAAGCUUCUCCAUUGAUCAGUCCCUUGCUGAAUGAUCAAACUGGAGUCCGCGCUGAUGAAGAAGAGGAGGUCAGGAGAAAGAGGUUUCCAACUGACAAGGCAUAUUUCAUUGCUAAAGAAGUUGCCACUACAGAACGGACUUACCUGAAAGAUCUUGAAGUCAUCACAUCGUGGUUCCAGAGCACAGUAAAUAAAGAUGACUGCAUUCCAGAAGCAUUGAAGAGCCUCAUAUUUUCAAACUUUCAACCUUUGCACAAAUUUCACACCAACUUUCUAAAGGAGGUAGAACAGCGAAUUGCUGUGUGGGAAGGCCGUUCUAAUGCCCACUUGAAAGGAGAUUUCCAAAAAAUUGGAGAUGUUAUGCUGAAGAAUAUUCAGAGUAUGAAGCAACUAAUGGUUCAUUUGCGAAAGCACAGUGAAAUUCUGCUAGAACUGGAAAAUGGAAUCAAGAACUCUCGCAGGCUGGAGGCCUUAUGCAGAGAUUUUGAGAUGCAAAAAGUCUGCUACCUUCCCCUCAAUAUCUUCCUUCUCAGGCCACUGCAUAGGCUGAUGCACUAUAAGCAGAUAAUGGAAAGGCUCUGCAAACAUUAUCCACCCAAUCACGGGGACUUCAGGGACUCCAGAGCUGCUCUGGCAGAAAUUUCAGAGAUGGUAGCCCAGCUCCAUAGCAGUAUGCUAAAAAUGGAAAACUUUCAGAAACUGCAUGAACUGAAAAAGGACUUGAUAGCUAUGGACAAUCUGGUGAAUCCAGGAAGGGAAUUUAUUAGGUUGGGUAGUCUCAGCAAACUGUCUGGAAAAGGCUUACAGCAGCGGAUGUUCUUCUUGUUCAAUGAUGUCUUGCUGUACACAAGUCGAGGCCUAACAGCAUCCAAUCAGUUCAAAGUUCAUGGGCAGCUUCCACUGUAUGGCAUGAUGAUAGAAGAGAGUGAAGAAGAAUGGGGGGUUCCUCACUGCUUUACACUUAGAAGUCAACACCAAUCCAUUGUUGUUGCUGCGAGUAAUCGCAUUGAGAUGGACAAGUGGACUGAGGACAUACAGAUGGCCAUUGACUUGGCAGAGAACUGUAAUGAUCCUGCUUCUGAAUUCCAUGGAAAUAGCCCACCUGACACAAAAUCCCCCGAGGAGCCCACUGUAGACCAGGAAUCGGAAGACGAUCUCAAUGCAUCCCGCACCUCACUUGAACGUCAAGCUCCUCACCGUGGCAACACUACGGUGCACGUCUGUUGGCACAGAAAUACCAGUGUCUCCAUGGUCGACUUUAGUAUUGCGGUGGAGAACCAACUUUCUGGAAACCUCCUGCGAAAAUUCAAAAACAGCAAUGGGUGGCAGAAGCUUUGGGUGGUAUUCACCAACUUCUGCAUGUUUUUCUACAAAUCUCACCAGGACAAUCAUCCCUUAGCUAGCCUUCCUCUGCUUGGCUAUUCUCUGACCAUUCCUUCUGAAUCUGAGAACAUUAAUAAAGACUAUGUCUUUAAGCUACACUUCAAAUCCCAUGUGUACUAUUUUAGGGCGGAGAGUGAAUAUACAUUUGAAAGGUGGAUGGAGGUAAUCCGAAGUGCUACAGGCCCAGCCUCACAGGUCCGUGUAUUAAGUCAUGAAGAAUCCCAUGUUUAUUGAUGGCUGAACUCCAAAUGGUUCAUUCCAGCAACUGCUGCUUUUUUAGAGGAUAUUUGAAUUUAUUUUCCCCUUUUAAGAUUUAGUAAAACACGAAUCUAUUAAAAAAUGUUUUGGAUCAGC